UGGGAGGGACGGGGGUCAUUGCUGAAAUGUCUCUAGUAGUAAUCGGCCAUUCAUUAUGAGUGACAACGAAACUGCCUUGAAGUUUAAAACGGUAGUUCAGCCGUCACAUUCAUUAGUCUGUACACAGUAGGCUCAUCGGGAUUGUUUAUCCAUCAUUCGGAGCGCAUUGUUUUGCGCAGCAUUACGCGAAGAUGGAUGUGAACCCCAAAAUCUACGGCUUUUUUACAUGUAUCCUCCAGGCACUUCUGCUGUCAUCGGCCACCCUGGAACCGUUUGACCUGCUGUUUGAUAGCGGAGUGGAGGCUUUUCAGAAAGGAGACUAUGGCAAUGUGGUGCGGUACAUGGAGAGCGCGCUGAACAGUUUCUCUGAAGUGCGCCAGACCAAAAUCACUUGCAGACUGAAAUGCAAGGACCAGCAUCGCUUUGACAGCCUUCUGACUGAUAAGUUUUUCGAAGUGAUUCUUUAUAGGGCUCACUGUUUAAACGAAUGCUUUGAGGGAAAACUUGGAGCUCAGUCCAUGCACAAAGUUAGUGAGGAUGUCAUUCAAGAUUUCAAUAGAAGAAUUCCCUACAACUACCUGCAGCUUGCGUACAGAAAGCUUGGACAACUGGAUAAAGCUGUGUCUGCUGCUCAUACAUAUUUCCAGGCCAACCCUGAGCAUGUGGAGAUGGGCGAGGACCUGGAGCAGUACAAAGCCCAGAAGGGUGUAAAAGAGGAACACUUCAUUGACCGGGAAUCCCGCCCACAUCAGAGAGCCUUUUUUGCUGGGGUGAAGCUGUACGACAAAGGCAACUACGAAGCGUCUGUGACAGUCUUCGAAGAGGCUCUAACUGAGUAUUAUCGUGCCGAUGUGGAGUGUCGGGCCCUCUGUGAAGGGCCGCAGCACUUCGAAGAGCAGGAUCAUGUCUUGUACAAAUACAACCUCUACGAGCUAAUCUCAGAUCAUUACACACAGGUUCUGCAUUGCGAGCACGAGUGUAUUCGAGAUUUGGCCACCCGCCCCGGUCGCCUGUCGCCCAUGGAAAACUACCUGCCACUGCAUUACGACUACCUGCAGUUUGCCUAUUUCCAAGCUGGGAGGAAUGAAAAGGCACUGGAGUGCGCUUUGACCUACCUGUUAUUCCAUGAAGGUGAAGAGUUUAUGACUGAGAAUGUGGAGUAUUACAGGGAGGUGCUGGGACAUGACGGCCAACCUCGUAAGGAAGCUGAACAGUACCUAAGGCGGCACAAACAGGAGUCAGACCUGCUCCUCAUCGGCAGCAGUAACAUUGGAGUGACCUAUACUGAAGGGAACUACUGGAGCAGUUCGGGCGGUAGAGAAGAUGCUAACAGGAUUCCUUCUGGUACAGAUGGCUGGAUGGACUAUGUGCCGAUAUCAGCGAAGAGAAACGUCACAAUGUCUGUGUUACAAGAGCUGCGGGAAGGAGGUCCUUUGCUGUAUGAUAAUGUAAGACUUGUACAAAACUCCCUCACCCUGAAUGGAAGUCAAAGGGUGCUUCUUGAUGAUGUCAUCAGUGAGGACCAGUGCUCCGAGCUCAAAUUUCUGGCGCACAGUGUCACUGCAGCUGGUGACGGUUACAAGGGGAAAAUGUCUCCUCACACGCCCAAUGAGAAAUUUGAAGGGGCGACAGUACUGAAAACAUUGAGGUAUGGAUAUGAGGGACGUGUUCCUUUAAAAAGUGCCCGCCUCUUUUAUGAUGUCAGCGAGAAGGCCAGACGGAUAAUUGAGUCAUACUUCAUGCUAAACUCCACUCUGCAUUUCUCAUACACGCAUCUCGUGUGUAGGACUGCCAUAUCUGGUCAGCAGGACUACAGAAAUGACCUCAGUCACCCAAUACAUGCUGACAACUGUCUUCUGGACCCAGAAGCGAAUGAGUGCUGGAAAGAGCCGCCCGCUUACACCUACCGAGACUACAGUGCCCUGCUGUAUCUGAACGGUGAUUUUGACGGCGGAGAAUUCAUCUUUACAGAAAUGGACGCCAAAACUGUCACUGCCUCAGUGAAGCCCAGAUGUGGGCGGAUGGUCGGGUUCUCAUCUGGCGGUGAGAAUCCACACGGCGUGCGUGCGGUCACUAGGGGGCAGCGAUGUGCUGUGGCACUCUGGUUCACUUUAGACCCCCUCUACAGGGAACUGGAGAGGCUUCAAGCAGAUGAAGUGGUUCAAACUCUGGAUAAUCAGCACAUGUGGGAUCACGGACUGGAAAUAAACCCAAAAGAUGAGUUAUAGUCCAUCAUCCAAUGGAGGAGAAUGCACAGGGUUCAUGUCUAUUUAUUUAAUGAUCAGAAUGAUUUUAUUUUUUUACUGUGAUAUUUUCUUUUAUUUUGUUUCCGACUGUUUGUGAGAAUUUUAUUAUUAUUAUUAUUAUGUGCAUAUAAAACCUCAGUUCACAUUUGCAUAUUUAAAGCCGUUAAAGUUAACAUGACAUUAAAAAUGACUUAUUGCAGGUUAUUCCAUGUUAUUUCUAUUCUGGUAUUGAAUGUUCAUGAUCCUUUUUUUUUUUUUUUUUUUUUUGCAAAAAUACAUUAUAUUGCAGAAGUAAAAUGGGUUGUAAAUACCUUUUUAUGUUGACUUUUUAUGUUGAAAGUAUGGUUUGACUUUAAUUUUAUUGAAUGAAAUGCACCAUUCAUCCCACCAAAGAGUGAAUUGACACUGUACUACAACAUACCUAUAUUCUUAAUAACUGUGUUAGGUUGCUUUCAUAUUCAAGAUUAUUUAACUAGACAUAACCCAAGUUACCUAAGGAAACAGACUAUGAAAAAAGAGGAUUUGCACAGUUAUAUACUUACUGUACAUUCUUCUGUGAUAUUAACAGUAGCUGUCAGUUUUUCAAUAGUGCACUGUGAUUUCUCUCACAUUGUGACACCACAAUGCUUUCAGAUUAGUUAAUUUAUACUGUUUACAAAUGAACUGACUCAAGCUAUGAUGUAGUUUUAUCAUAGACGGCUAUGAUAGCAAGCGUCAGCAUGUGAUGUUAGGAACCUUUUUAAUAAAAGAUGCUAUUUGUUCCUGUUUCAAGGAAUUUGAACUUAAAUGUGGCAUAUUAAUUGUCCUUUCCUUUCAAAUUCAUUGACUCGUGUCACUCAUCUCUCUGUGGAUAGUUGAAAUGUGCUUUGCACACUUGCCUCAGCUCUUGUCGAAUUUGAACAAGGACGAUGGUCACUAUUUUACACUGAUAUUUAAUUACCUGAGUAUUUAAGUCUGCUUUUAUGUAUUGCACAAUGAUGUUUGCAAUAUGUAUUUUAAAUUAAAGACUGAAUUGUA